AUGGAGAAGAACGAGCCCGCCAUCGCCGUCUCGAGCGGCGUCGAUGACAGUGCGCAGGACGAUGUCCUCAAGCAACUGCGCAACCUGAAGGACCACCACCAGUGGGAUCCGAACAUGCCCGAUGACAUUGUCGAUGAGGUGGACGAAGCCCUCAAUACGGACGACAAGGGUGCGCGUCUCGACAUCGCCCAUGAGGUUCUCGAUAACUCGCCCUACCCAGAAGUACGCGCAGCGGUGUCGAAUGUCGACGAGGGCGGCCAUUCGAACACCAUUCGCGCAUGGACGAUCGGUCUGCUCUUUGCGACAAUUGGCUCGGCCCUGAACAUGCUUUUCUCGAUGCGCCAGCCGUACAUCGUGAUUCCCUCUUACAUCGCACAGGUCGUGGCGUACCCGGUGGGAAAGGCCUGGGAGAAGUUCAUGCCUGCAAAGAAGUUCAGGUUUUUUGGUAUCGAUUGCAACCUUAAUCCCGGUAUCUUCAGUAAGAAGGAGCACGCAUUGGUCGUCAUAAUGGCCAAUGCGACAUUUGGUGGCGGUGCUGCAUACGCGACGGAUGUGCUUCUUGCGCAGAGAGCAUUCUACGGACAGCAUUUCGGAUGGGCUUUUGAGAUCUUUAUGUGCAUCUCCACGCAAAUGCUUGGAUUCGGUAUCGCCGGUUUCUUCACCAAGUUCCUGGUGCAACCAGCCGCUAUGAUCUGGCCAUCAACGCUGAUCAACACCGCCCUGUUUUCCGCGCUUCACGACCACUCCAAGCCCGACCCUCGCAAGGUGUCGGGAUGGAAGAUUGGCCGGUAUCACCUCUUCCUGCUCACGAUGACUGCCUCCUUCUGCUGGUAUUGGUUCCCCGGAUACAUUGCGCCAUUCCUGAGUGUGUUCGCUUGGGUGACCUGGAUCAAGCCUCAGAAUGUGGUCAUCAACCAGCUGUUCGGAGGCUGGACGGGUCUCUCUUUGAUUCCGAUGACGUUCGACUGGACUCAAAUCUCGGGUUUCAACUUCAGCCCCUUGAUCGCCCCGUGGUAUGCGAUUGCAAACACCUUGAUCGGCAUGGUCAUCUUUUUCUGGAUUGUCACCCCGGCGAUACACUACAAGGGCCUGUUCUACUCCGAGUAUCUGCCUAUGAGCGAUUCCAACUCCUAUGACAACACGGGUGCGGUGUAUAAUGUCAGCCGUAUUCUCACUCCCGAGUUUACCUUCGAUCCGGUCAAGUACAAGGCGUACUCCCCGCUCUUCUUGUCCACCACGUUCACCCUGUGCUACGGUUUGUCCUUUGCCGGUAUCAUUGCCGUUGUCCUGCACACCUGGCUUUUCCAUGGCAAGGACAUUUGGACUCGAUUCCGCCAUGUCGGCACAGAAACCGAGGAUGUGCACGGGCGUCUCAUGUCCCGUUUCAAGACGGUUCCCAUGUGGUGGUAUGGAGUCAUUACCUUGAUCAUGAUCGGAAUGGCGCUCGGAGUCACGCAGGGCUACGAGACCCACCUUGCCUGGUGGGCCUUCUUCAUUUCACUCAUCAUCGCCGUCUUCUGGUUCGUGCCCCUUGGUAUUGUCAAGGCUUCGACCAACAUCGAUAUCGGUCUCAACGUCCUCACCGAAUUCAUCAUCGGAUACAUGCAACCUGGUCGACCUAUGGCGAUGAUGCUGUUCAAGACCUACGGGUAUAUGAGCAUGUACCAGGGCAUGUACUUUAGUCAGGAUCUCAAGCUCGGCCACUACAUGAAAAUUCCUCCUCGCGUGACCUUCAGCGCGCAAAUGGUCGCUGGUAUCUGGUCCUCUCUCGUCCAGAUUGGCGUGAUGAACUGGGCUCUUGGCUCCAUCAAGAAGGUAUGCCAAGCUGACCAGCCCAACCGCUACACUUGCCCGAACGGUCGCGUCUUCUUCAAUGCCUCGGUCAUCUGGGGUGUGAUCGGACCCCAGCGCAUGUUCUCCAUCGGCCAGAUCUACUCGCCCCUGAUGUUUUUCUGGAUUGCGGGUGCUGUUCUCCCCUUCGUAAUCUACUUCGGUGCGCGUGCGUUUCCCAAGAGCCCCAUUCGCUACCUCAGCGCGCCUCUUAUCUUCAGCGGAGCCGGUCUCAUUCCCCCCGCCACUCCGCUGAACUACCUCAGCUGGGGAAUUGUCGGUUUCAUCUUCAACAAGUGGAUCCGUGACCGCUGGCGCGGCUGGUGGAUGCAAUACAACUACGUCCUGUCUGCGGGCUUGGACGUGGGCCUGGUGCUCUGCACCAUCCUCAUUUUCCUGACUCUCAAUCUUACCAGCACGGAGUUCCCAUCCUGGUGGGGAACAGAGAUUGCAGCCAAUACCAUGGAUGCGGCUGAUACCGCUAUCCAGAAGACUCUGGAUGCGGGUGGGAAGUUCGGUCCGGCUUCCUGGUAG